AUGAAAACGUUAACCGAGGCCGAACAGAAGUUUCUCAAUCACGACUGGGUAAACGACAAAAAAUGGAAACUCUACUUAAGCAAUUUAUACCCCUCCCCCUCCAUACACAAUAUCGAGAAAUACAAGAAGAAAUAUUUUCAGAAGAAUAUCGACAAGAAUCUGGAUGUGAAUGCCAGUUUUGGGAGUGAAGCCGUUAAGGAGGAAAUGCCGCAGCCCCCCAAUUUCCAAACGCACGGCAACAAGGGCUACACGUACAGCGGGCAUGUUCCCCUGGUGACGUUUUUCUUCAGCGUGUUCGUCCUAUGCGUCAGUCUCUUUUACUUUGUGUUGCUGUCCCUGAACUUGAGUUUAUACAAGAAAAUGGGCACCUUCAUGAGUCUGUCCUACUUCUGCGCCUUCCUGAGUUUGCUGUACACGGACUACAAAACGCAGAGGCACAAUUUUUCCCUCGUUCAGUUCUUCUCGAGCGAAAAGGGCCAGUACUUGUCCUACUCCAUGAUAUUGUUUUUCAUCAAGGACGCCGUGCUGAUAUUUUUGCCAAUUUUUUUUACCCUCUUAAUUAUUUCGUACUUAAUGUAUAAACAGAUUAAGUCUCUUUUCCCUCCCGUAAUUCAAAGGAAUUACUAUCUUAACAAAAUUGUGUCCUACUUGGAUCACUCGAUCCUAAAUGUCUACUUGAUGCGAGCCAACAUCGAAAUCUACAAUUUAGUUUUUAUAAUAAUUUGUCUCUUCCUGAAAAGAGUCAGUCUCCUGAAUUUGAUUAUUUACCUCCACUUUUUCAAGCUAAAGUAUAGCUCCUCGGAUUCGUAUUUCCACGCCUGCUAUGCGAAGAACGGAGAAAUGAUCAGGCAGUGCUUGUCGCACCCCAUGGUUCCCAAGUCCUUUUUGAACGUAUUCAACAAGGUGUCCCACUACUUUAACGCCUACCUCAGUUACAGACGCAGGUAG